AUGGGGCAGUGUUUGAGGCACCAGAUGCACUGGGAGGGCUUGGAAGAAUACCAGGCCCUGACCUUCCUGACCAGAAAUGAGAUCCUGUGCAUCCAUGACACCUUCCUGAAGCUCUGUCCCCCUGGGAAGUACUACAAGGAGGCAACACUGACCACAGAGCAGGUCAGCUCCCUGCCAGCCCUGAGGGUCAACCCUUUCAGAGACCGAAUCUGCAAAGUGUUCUCCCACAACGGUGUGUUCUCCUUUGAGGAUGUGCUGGGCAUGGCAUCUGUGUUCAGUGAGCAGGCCUGCCCCAGCCUGAAGAUUGAGUACGCCUUUCGCAUCUAUGAUUUUAAUGAGAAUGGCUUCAUCGACGAGGAGGACCUGCAGAGGAUUGUCCUCCGACUGCUCAACAGUGAUGACGUGUCCGAGGACCUGCUGACUGACCUCACAAACCACGUCCUGAAUGAGUCGGAUCUGGACAAUGACAACAUGCUGUCUUUCUCAGAGUUUGAACAUGCUAUGGCCAAGUCUCCAGACUUCAUGAACUCCUUUCGGAUUCACUUCUGGGGCUUUUGA